UUAUGCUGUACUUUGAAAUACUUUCUUGUAAUGUACUUCUGAUGUGCGAUUUAGUCUCAAAGUUGGUUGAAAACAGUUGUUACGGCGCACUAACCGCUAACUCUGUCGUGCUACACGGGAAGCCGAAAAUGGAAGGUGUUUAUUCCGACAACCUUCCGUAUGGAUGUGAAGGAAGAGCGAGAGGCUUUCUUUGCUCAGUAGGAGGGUACGGAUUCGAUAUAUCUAUUAUCCUCGAAUGCACGCACACAACACUGGUUGAACAGGCUUUGUGUUUGGUUAGCAGGCUCCAAUAUCAAACAGUAAAAAAAAAAAAAAAAAAAAAAAACGAAUCGUCGUUGUGAGGCAAUGUUAACACAACAGGUGCCGAGGUGGCGGUUUCAUGUACAGUGGGAAAAAAAAAUAAUGCACUUCACCUCCCAUAAGGCCCUGAUAAAAUCACUUGAGGAACAUGCUGUUGCCAUAGCGAUGAAUAAGCAAAGGGCAGGGCCGAGGUACAAACACAAUUAAAAUGACUAAGUGAAGGCAAGAUUUACACUCUAAUGUAAGAAUCGCACCACGAUCCCAACUCCAAUACUUUCUCAGGUAGAACCUCUGAGUGUGAGCUCCAAAUGAAAAAGAAAAAAAGGCAUCAACAAGUCCGCUACUCUCUAAAGUGGUGUGAUGACGUGUGCACGUGCGCCCCCUGCUGUCUCUACCUGCAGGGCAGGCCAUGCAGAAGAAGAACCCGCUGUACAGCCACAUAAGGGAGGAGAGGGCGUGGUCCAUGGAGAGCUUCACCGCUUACGUUAACGACCGUUUUCAGGUCGCCAUGGAUGUACCGGGGGACCGGGCACUCGUGUCAGAAACCGAAAUGUGAGGCAGCUGACAGGAAGGAACAAACAACCACACUGUGCUUCACCGUUUUUUUCUUCAUUCUUCAAUUCCUCUUCAGACGCCUGAACACCAUUGACGUACCGGCCUGGAUGGAAACAGUACAUACUGGUGGAAAAAAAAAAAAAAGAGGGAACUCGAGAUUAGCAGCUCGCCCCUCCUCCUCUGUUCAUUUGCCCAAUAUCCUCUUUUAGGCCCUUUUUGUAUUAGUUUGCGCCUGGUUGGAGUGUGGCAAACACACAGUGGGGAGAUGCUGCUCACGGCGUCGUGGCGGAUCUGACAGACCGAGCGCAAAGAGAGGAAGCGAAAACCUUGUCUGUGAUGGGAUGCUGCAGUGUGACCCAGAGGCACACCGGCGUGGACGAGGUGGGUCCUGAUGAGAUCGAGCUCCUGGAACUCUCUGGGGACCAUUUAGGCGUGUGGAGUUUGGGAGAGAGCAGGCUUCAACUGUCGGUGAGGAGCAGCAGAGACGACAAGCAGCCGCCAUCAUGCAGCACUUCAGUGCAGCAAAUGGAGCAACGUCGCAAUCAUCCUGGGGUGCUGUGGGGCAAGAGCAGAGAGGAGCUGCACCGGAGGAUCUUCUCCCAGCAGCCAAUCAGAGGUUGGGAAGGUCGACCUGCUCACAUGUACGGAGAGAUCAUCCACUCCUCCCUCAUGUGUCUGCACAGCAAACAUUCCAAGGAGAAGCGGGAGCAUUUCCUGGUUUUAUUCUCUUUCCACCUGCUGCUCCUUUCCUUGGAUCACACAAAGCAAGACUUCAUUUAUGAGGGAAUGCUUCCACUCUCCGGUCUUUCCUUUCAGAUCAUCCCGAUGGACAAUGACAGCUGUCAGUCACCACACAUGUUUGAAAUAAGCAGUUCAAUGGUGCACCCGAAGAUCUUCAUAUGCCCCAAUGCUGCGGAGCUACACACAUGGAUGAAACACAUGAAAGACCGCAGACAUAAGUCAAGGACUCAACCAUUGAGUCCUUCCCACUGUGCUCUCUCUUAUCUACUGCCUUGCGAUGAGCACUGGAAAAGAGAGGAGCUGAAGAAAUACUUGCUGCACGCUCCUAUAUGGGAGUGGGAGGGUUCGCCUAUACAACACAUGGGCCCGCCAGGAUACGUCUCGGUGGUCCAUAUCAUCAACACACACAGACAGGGCCUCCAAGAAAGACUCAUGAUUCUCUUCCCUCAAGACAUCCUGCUGCUGUCGGUGGACAAUAAGCAACUCAAUAUCACAUACCAGGCUGCCUCGUCGAGGUGUCAGAGCGACCGAGAAAUCAGCUCUGCCCGGACGACUUGAGUUUGAGCUGCAAGGAGAGCUGGUGGAGACCCUGCACGUCUCGUGCACCUGCCUGGAAGAUUAUCAGAACUGGAUUUUUCACUUGCAGCAGGCGUGACUGACGCGUAUUCUCAACAUAAAAUGCUCAUAGUGAUACUUGGUUCAACACUCGGCAGUCCUCGUCUUCAUCUCAGGUUUCACCCGGAAAACUCAAUAGUUGAAAUUGACGCGUUACUACUCUUUGGUACGAUCAAAUGAGGGCUAAUAGCAUUUGCGCUCAGCUCAUCUGUCAACAUGUAAAAUGCAACCGCAUUCAUAAGACAAACAUUUCCCCCUUCCACUGUCGCCAGACGGCGUCCCACUGCACCAACACUCGUGCCAAAGGUGCCCGGGGGUCGCAAGAGGGCAUCACAACUGACCCAUAUCAUAUCAAGGGAGAUAUUUGAAUGCAGAUUAGUUUCGCUUUGACUGAGUGUAGCUCAAAUAAAAUGUGUACGUUGUGCACCGAUGGAUGUGUCACAAAAAGGUGAUCAUGGUUGGAAGAAUGUUUUGAAUGGUUUGUUCACAUUUUUUUGUUGUUUUUGUUACCCAAUACAUGUUGUAAAAUGGG